CACAUCUCUCUAAAAUUAUCAUUGGGAUCGGCACCUUCCGUCACGAACGCUUUAACCUGUCAUUACUUGUCAGGUUGUUGACCCGAUUCUUGCUAGCAACGACCUGCAGGCUUACGGUACUUCACCCCCAAAUUAAGCGCACUUCUCUAACUCGCCUCCUUUAGAAGACGGUAAAUGUUCAAGUGUCCCCCUGGGGAUGAAUUCUACGCGUGACGAGCGUUCAUCUUGAUUUGCCCGAAGCUUUCCGUAUUCUCUAGACCUCUUCCAGAUCACUCAUUAUUGCUUCUUUUACCGUUUCAAGGAUCCUACCCGAGAGUAUAUAAAGUCUAAUGGCCUGCUCUUUUCGCUCAGUCCCCGACUCUCUUUGCAAAGCUCCUGACUUGUACAUCAAGCCUUCUACUAGGUUUAUAGUAAUGGCUCGCGCACCUCUUUUCGCCGUACGGUUUGCCGCGUACUUCAUGGCAUUUGCAUGGGGUGCUAUCAGUCUAUCCAUUGGAUUGAACACUGUGAUCAAGCAGAACCGGCUCAAGUCUUUUCUACGACGGUCCGUCGCGCCCCUCGGGAUCACCCUCCGACUCAUUACUAACAGUGUCGUCCAUCCUGCCAUCGCCUCCGAAACUUUCUGUGUCAUCCUCUGCGUAUUUUCCAUCUUCACCCUCAUCGGCCUCUUCAUUUCAACAGCCUCAACCAAAACUGCUUUGAAAGUACAAGGGUUUCUUUACGCUUUCAUCACUGUCGCCCUCCUCGCCUGCCAGAUCCCUGUAUCUGAUGCGGUCCGAAGGAAGGGCGUUGUGAUUUCGGGAACCACUGCGGACGGCGACGCCGUUCCCGCGUCGACUCUCCUUGAGGCUGCUGCUUCUCUCGGCGUUGACCCUCUGUAUCGACGAAUUCACUUUAUCUUGUGGUUCGGGAUCAUUCCCUGGAUUGGAUUCCUCUUCAGUGGUAUCGCGUCCAUUGUGUCUUUUGUCGCCGUCAACCGUGUAGAGCCCCCUCUAGUGAUGUCGAAAGCUGCGGAGGCUGGCUUGACGGAGACGCCUUAAGCAGAUGGAGGUUGUCGAAAGAAAUUAUUGCUGCUUCAUGUGCUCUAGUGACGCAGGAGUAUCUGCUAUAAUGCUGAAACUUGGGAGGUGUGAGUUAUGAAGUGUUUGUGAUAUUUUAUGCCCUUCAUGUCUAGUUUCUAAGUACCCAGCUAGGUACGCAAUUGUUUGUAGCAGUAAUACUUCAUGUAUACUUUCGGCUUUUACUUAUGAAUUUAUUGUUUCAGAAACGUUGUUAACAGAGUUUUGUCAUGC